GACUCGACCCGGCCAGCGCUGAAACCGUGGCAGCUGCUACUGUUCGCUACCAAGAGUCCAGCACACUAGAGCUUUCGCUGCAGGUGCAGCCCAACGAUUACGUCGAGACCAAUCACUGCCAGCGCGCCCCGCCGCCGCCUUUCUACUGCCCGCUGCCGCUCACGCCGCCCCCCUGCUAUUCAGAGCGACCAGCAGUGGUGCCCCCACCACCACCACCAGCACCAGCACCGCCCAGCAGCACAACAGCAGCGCGUCAGCAGGCGCGUCGCCGUCGUCGCUUGCGCGAACUACAGCAGCAGCAGCAACAGUUUGUCCACAGCUCCAGCAGCAGCGAUCAGAGCAGCGACAGUGACACAGAGCUCAAUCCACGACAACGUUCACGUCGACGCAGCUCACGUAAUGCAAGAGAUGCCUAUUGUCCGGACUUGCUACACGCCUGUGAACUGAUAUUGCAACAGCAACAACCCGGAAGCAGCGACAGCUCUGUGGGCAAUUUUACAGUUACACCGCCACCAGCCACUCCUACACAGCAGCAACUGCGUGCAACAAGUUGCAGAAGCAUCGAAUACAGCUCCGACUAUGUGGAAAUCGAUGAGCUGUUGCCGCUAGGAGGCGCCGCACGCGCCAAGAGCACACCACAACUGCAGCAUGCUGUAGCUCUGGACGGUCUAGCGAUGGGUCAGAAUCUGAGUCUGCGACGUCCGCGCAUCUCACUGACCUGGGUGCUGCGAGAGCAGCAUCAAACGCCGCCGACCACACAGCCCCAAGCCAAUGAACCAAACACCGAGAAGCCACCAAAGGAGCAGCCGAAAGACUCACACAAGCUAAGCAAUGGCCAUGUGCCAGAGCCAACCAGCACAGCGACAGCAACAGCCACAGCCACGUCAGUGCAGCAGCGCACAGAUCCUGUGCCCACGCAACUGGACGUGGGCAAGAAGCGGUAUCGCAUCAAGCAGCUGCCGCCGGGCGCUGAGCCACUCAAUGGUUAUGCAACGACGCCCACGGCGCAUCAGACGCCUGGCAAUGGGCAGCUGGCGCAGCAAAAGUUCUUCAGCAAUCAGAAUCUAUUGGAGUACAAGGACAAGACGACAACGCGUCAAGCGGCUACUGUACCCGUACCCAUACCCAUGCCCGGUGCCCCAGUGGCCGCCGCCUCCACCAAAGAGUUGCUAUUUGUUUGCACGCCUCAGCGUGCGCCCAAGAGCGAUAUACACAGCGAGGCGCUGCUGCUGGCGCGCAAGCGCAAUGAGAUACGCAAAAAGCUCGCGCAUCGAUUGCAGCAGGCGCGUCAAGCGGCAACAGUUGCUACUGCGCCGCCAGCAACUGCAGUGGCUACUGCCACUGCGGAGGCCACAGCGCGUCCCGCAGCAUCCGCGGAGACACUAAAGUGCACCUACUCGGAGCCCAGUCUGGUGGCAGUUUCGGAGGCAGGCGCACCACAGCAGCAGCGUCGCCAUCGCCAUCGCAAGCGACGCGAACGGGAGCGACAGCGCGUGCAGCGCUUUGGCUAUGAGAUCCACAAUGUGGAUGAGUUUCUGUCGCGCUGCUCGCUGGCGGCGCCUGGGAAUAUACCAGUGGUGCUGGCCACAGCCAGCACGCUCUACCAGACGCGACCCGGCGGCUAUCAGCUGGAGAUUGCGCUGCCGCUGGGCAUGGUGGUCAAUGCAGUGUUCAAGAACCAAAACUGGCUUUAUGUGCAGACGCCGCACGCCGAGGAGGGCUACGUGGGCUAUGCCUGCUGCCUGCCGCUGGGCAUAUUGCCCUCCGCGGCACGCGGCUCCAAGCAUACGCCUUGCUGGGAGUCCAAUGCGGAUGUCUUUCCACGUCCCUGUGGCAACAUGACCGAUUCCGAGAAGGAGAUACGACUGCGCGGCGGCACUCGCUCCGAUGGUGCACGCACGCCUCGCAGCUCCAAGCCCAGCGAGGAGUUGUUGCCGCAUAACAACAACAAUAACAACAACAACAACAGCAGCAGCCAUAGCAAGUUGUAUGGCGAGCAGCAUGUGGACAAGCUGUAUCUGCGCGCCGCCUCGCAGCCCAAGCUGGUGGAGAAAGCCUAUGCCCAGCUGCGCUCCACCAAACAGCUGGGACUUAGCGCCGGCUCUUGCUCCGCCUCUGUGCGCAGCGCUGCCUCAAACGAUGAGUAUGUCACACUUCAGCAGCACCAACAGCAGCAGCAGCGAUCGCUGACGCCAAAGCAAUUGUAUACGCAGUCGGCGCGGCGUGCGUCCAAUGUGUCGUACAUCACGAAUGGCCACAAUGGUCAGCAUCUGCAUCCAAAGAGCAUGCCGCAGCCGCAGUUGCUACAACAACAACAGCAGCAGCAGCAGCAGCAGUCACAGCAGCUGCUCAGCGUGCUGCGGCGUCAGCAGCAGAAUGGCCUGCGCCAAACUCUAGUCGCCAUCAAUGCGGAUUACAUAACCGAGAGCAUUGUUGUGCACAAGGGCGAGAUCGUUACGCUCUGCGAGUGCCGCGAGUCCAAGGAUCAGCGCCAGUGGUUCUACAUUAAGACACGCGACGGACGCGAGGGCUUCAUCCCAGCCGAGGUUGCGGGCCACGGCUAUCUGUAGACAGCCCAGACUGAUUUGAUUCGCCAACACCACAAAGUCAUGCUACAUACAUUUAAAUUAAAACUAGUUGGAAUAUUUCAUACACUUAACAUACCUACGUAUUACAUAAAUAUACAAUUUAGCAAUGUUUGUAACUUUUAUAAUGCUUUUGCUCUCAUUAGUUGUAGUCGUAUGCGUGUGCUUCAUAGAUAUAAUCUGUGCUAUGGGUGUAUAUGUCGUUAGCAAUUGCAUUUUACCAACUUACAAACAACAAAACUAUUUA